AAUAGUUUAUAAGUUGUCUGACCUUGCAAUGUUGACAAUGAGCUCUUUUUCCAAGAAAUGUUGCAAGGCCCCAAGUUUUAUUUUUAAACUCUAAAUUAGCCUGCAAAACUGAUCACUGUCAUCUAUAUAACUCAGAAUUAUAUAUCUUUGACAUUGUAGAGAAAACCAAUCUUUUAGGUCUGUUUUCCUGGGGAUAUUAAUGGCAGUUCCACAAAUGGUAUAUGGGGUUCCUAUGAUUAGUUUUGCUGGGGAUGGGUUCUGUUUGCCUUACCCUUUGGAUUUAAUUGUCAACAGAAAGCAACAUGGCCUCUCUAAUAUACAUUAUCAAGUGUCAGAUGGCAAAGGAAAUCUUUACCUCCUUGCCGAUGGCUCCUACACGACCCUUUUCAGAAAACGAGUCCUGCGCAACUCUGCUGGCUUCCCUAUCCUCACAAUCCGCGAAAAGGCAAUCACUGGUAAAAAAUGGAUGGUUCAUAGAGGUGAAAGUUCAGAGAAAAGUCAACUUUUUACCGUGCAGCGAUCACGCUUUCAACCAAUGAAAACAAGGCUUGAAGUGUUUUUAGUUGGUAACAUAGAUAAGGAUAUCAGCAACUUCACGGUUGUAGGUUCCAAUUAUCCAUCUCAAUAUAUAAGAGUUUAUAAAGGGGAUACUAUUCUUGCAGAGGGUAAAAAAGAGAGUUUCAGGGUUAGUGUUCAUUCAGGAGUGGAUUAUGCAUUCAUUGCAGCACUGAUAAUCAUCCUUGUUGAAUGUGAAUGACCUGUUGUUACAUAUUUCAUAUAGUUUCUGCUUUCGUCUUUCUUGUAAAAAAUUUUCGAGUUUUCCAUUGUUUUUUCUUUGGGGUACAAAAGAGGCUUAGCCGAGUGAUAGGGGAAGGUUUCCGAAGACUAAAUUCCUGAAUUACAAAUAUAAAAUAUAAACAAAUACUAAAGUAUGGACAAAAUAAGACAACUUAAAGAAAAGGGCAUCUAGAUGCAAACAAAAAAGGUUUCAACGUGGGAGCAACUAUAUGUGACAAGAUAAUGCAACUGGAAGCAACCAUGUUAAUAAGGAUACAGGAUCCUUAUCAGAAAACUGUGCUGGAUUCAAAGAAAAUUAAAUAGAAUUUUAAAAUUCUCUUAUAAAUAGGAAAGGAAGAAGCCUAAAGAAGGCAUCGAAAAAUAGUUUAGAAGUCUUUCUUUUUCUUUUCAUUCACCAUCCUCUCAUUGUAAAAACUUUUCCUUUACUUCUACUUUUGUAAUAAAAUCUAUUGUAAAAAUUCUAUUUCUGUUUUU